GAAUGCGCAUUCAGUGUUGUGUCAUCACAAGAGAAGUAAACUUGUGGAACGAUUCGCGUGCAACUCCUUUCUCUAUUGAUUAAAAACUGUGAUCGAGUUAAUAGUGCAUAGUGUUAAAUAUGGGAAAAGAUUAUUACAAAAUUUUGGGCAUCUCCAACAACGCCACAGAUGAUGAUAUCAAAAAGGCGUACAGAAAGCUUGCUUUGAAGUAUCAUCCUGACAAGAAUAAAACGCCAGGUGCUGAAGACAAAUUUAAAGAGGUCGCGGAGGCUUACGAAGUGUUAUCAGAUAAGAAGAAGCGUGAUAUUUAUGAUAAGUAUGGAGAAGAAGGGUUGAAGGGUGGAAUUCCUGGAGGAGCAGGAGGUGGCGGCGGUGUCGGUGCAGACGGGUUCCACUACACUUUCCAUGGCGAUCCGAGAGCUACUUUUGCUCAGUUCUUCGGCAGUGCGAGCCCUUUUCAAGCAUUCUUCGAUAUGGGUACCGGUCCGAACCGCAUGGGAAUGUUUGGCUUUCAAGAUGACGAGAUGGAUGUGGAUCCAUUUGCUAGCUUAGGAGGAGUGGGUAACCGUGGCGGCCCAGGUGGUGCUUUUCGCAGUCAUUCCUUUAAUUUCCACAAUAGCCCUAGUCGCAAUAAGGAUAAAUCGCAAGAUCCGCCUAUUGAACACGACCUUUAUGUGUCUUUGGAAGACAUUACUAAGGGUUGCACUAAGAAGAUGAAAAUUUCGCGUAGAGUGUUACAAGCCGAUGGAUCAACCCGAAAGGAAGAUAAGGUGUUGACGAUUAAUGUAAAACCUGGAUGGAAAGCGGGUACAAAAAUCACUUUCCAACGCGAAGGGGAUCAAGGCCGGAAUAAGAUUCCCGCUGAUAUUGUAUUUAUCAUUCGUGACAAACCUCACCCUCAUUUCAAAAGAGAAGGCAGUGAUAUUCGUUAUACUGUGAAGCUGACUCUUAAACAGGCUCUCUGUGGGUGCUCGGUUACUAUACCUACAAUGUCUGGAGAAAGCUUCCCUUUGCAUUUUACGGACGAAAUUAUCAAGCCAAAUAUGGUGAAACGUAUACAGGGACAUGGAUUACCGUUACCCAAGGAACCAUCGCGUCGAGGCGAUUUGAUCGUGAAUUUUGAAAUACGUUUUCCAGAACAUUUAUCUCAAUCAGCUAGGGAUAUUCUCUAUGAUACUCUUCCUAAUUAAGUAUUGUAUUUUAUAGUGCAUUUAGAGUAUGUGAGGGGCUGUGAUUCUUGUUUGUACGUUUUAGUACAGCUGACUGUGUGCAUCAAAAGUUUUGUAUUUUAGUUUAUGGGUGGUUCUUUUUUUAACUUUAACUCUCAGGUACCUAAAAAGUAUUGCAUAUUUUUUAUACACCAAAUAAACAUGUGUAAAUAAAGUUGUAAAUAAGAAAGUUGUAAAUAUGCACAUGGUAGGUACCACCACCUCACAUCUGUUAGGUAGUUGUAAGCUCUGUAUUAUGCUGGGAAUUAAAAAAUAUACUAUUAACUGCUAAAA